AUGGCGGCCGCCACCAACACCAAGCAGAAGCAGCCGCAACCGAUGCCGGAGUUUGCCAACGGCGAGAAAGCCAAAGCGGUGGUCGAGAACCUGGCAGCGGGAGUGAUACGGGGCACCGAGGAAGGGAAAGCCAAAGCUGCGGCCGCUGCCGUGGAAGCCAAAGCGGUGCUGGAGAAGAAGGCCACGGCAUGCAGCGGCUGGAAAGAGCGCGUGGCAGGGGGGCUGGAGCAGCUGACAGACAUGAAGUGGGCGGACAGCGUGGUGGAGAAGGCAUGGAACAACAAGGAGGUGGUCGCCAUAGCCAUCGCUGCUUUCUCGCUCGGCUUCUUCGUCUCUCACAAGUUAUUCAGGAAGUGA